AUGGCUGAGGCCAAUGGGAUGAGGUUCAACAACAGCAAGACCAGCAGCGCGCCCAGGUGGCCAAAACGGCCAAAGGCAUCCUGGUUUGUGCCAGCAACAGUGCAGCCAGCGGGAGCAGGAGGCCAUCGGCCGCCGCGCUCAGCCCCGCCCCGCAGAGCGCUGGCCUCGGGCCGGCACCGUUUGCCGCGGGCGGGAGUGCGGCUGUUGGCACCCAUCGAUGACCCCGAGAAGGUGAUCUGCGUGGGGCUGAACUACCGCGACCACUGCCUGGAGCAGGACGUCAAGGUGCCCAAGGAGCCCCUCAUCUUCAGCAAGUUCCCCAGCGCCAUCGCCGGGCCCCCGCCGUCCGCCCGGAGACCUCGCUCCCCCACCUGCGGGCAGCCGCCAGCCACGCUCGCCUCUCCCCAGGAAAGCCCGCAUAGAGCCCCGGGACCCUGGCAGCGAAGCAGGCGCGUGGCGCGGGGCAGCGCCGCGAUCACGCGGACCGGGGCCAUCCAGAAAGCGCGCGGUGAUGACGCAAUGACGGCGCAAGGACGGAGGGAAAGGCCGCCGCGCGGAGUACCCACCCUCCUAGGCAGCUCGACCAAUGGGAGCACGGGGGAGGCGGAGCCGAGCGAAGGAUCUCGACUAAUGGCAGCUGCGGGCGUGGGGCUCUCAUGAUGGCGCCGGCGCAAUGGCGGAGCUGUGUGCGGGGAAGGCAGUGCUCCGCCGCCUCACGUCUCUGCUGUCACCUGCCCUGCGCGCAGGAACACCGGGCGGCCGGGGGAAGGCGGCGCAGGGGCAGCACCGCCGGCCCCAUCCGUCCUCGGUCAGAACCGAGCUGUCCUCCGGAGUCAUAGUUGGUGCGGGACGCUGCUGGGCUGUGAGAAGCGGCGGCCGAGCACGAGAAUGGGGACCUGCCCGGUCUCCUGGAGCAGCUCCUGGCUGGGCUGCGCGGCCCCAAAAGGGACGGGCUGAUCCCACGGACCGAGACGUGUGGAAGCCUGACAGAGUCGGGCGGGUGCCUUAGGUUCCUGCUUUGCUCCAGCCGGCAGCAGCACGUGUGCUGGGCUGCUGCCCCGCAGGCAGAGUCCCGAACUCCUGUUGCCGUCUCUCUUAUCUAUCUACCCAUCUGU